AUGGUUUUUUUCUUGCUUUUUAUAUGGUCAACAAAUGGAAGUAUAUCGUCAUUAUUUCGAUCAUCAGAAUUACCUUUGACCAAUAAAGAUUGGAUUGUUGAACAAGUAAAAAUAAUACCAAUCGAUGAUGGACAAUUGAAAUAUAGAAAUAAAUAUAAAUCAUAUAUGGUUUAUCGUCAAAAUUCAUAUGAAAAUUUAACAUCAUUUAUUAUUGAUCUUAAAUUAAAUGAAAAUUUUAAUUCAUAUAUUCCUAUUGAAUAUGAUAAUAAUCAAAUUAAAACUAAAAUAACAAAUUGUUUAUUCUAUACAGGAUCAGUAAGACAUUGGGGAGAAUUAAAUUCAAUAGUUGCUAUUUCAAUUUGUUCUGGUUUAACUGGUCUAAUUCAUCAUACUCAAAAUGGAAUUGAUUAUUUUUUAGAACCAAUUAUUAAUGAAGAUGAACAAUCAUAUAUUCUUACUUAUCAACAAAAAUUUCUAUCAAAUCAAAAUCAUAUUUGGUCAUGUGAAAUGAAUUCAUCAAAUAUAAGAAAUCAAACAUAUAAACAUAAUCGAAUACGUCGUUCAGUUAUUCGUGAACGUUUUAUUGAAACUUUACUUGUUGCUGAUGCAAGUGUAUCGGAAUAUUUUUCACAUUCUCAUAUUACUGAAUUAUAUUUACUUACGAUGAUGAAUAUGGUUCAUAGUAUAUAUGCACAUGUUAGUCUUGGUUAUCCUGUUGAAAUUGUUCUUACACGAAUAAUUAUGCUUAGUAAUGAAUCAGAUUUUCAAAUGGCAUCAAGAUCACAUGAAACAUUACAUAAAUUUUGUGAAUGGCAAGAACAAAUUAAGAAAACUAAUAAGAAAAAUCAAACUAUUCAUCAUGAUGUUGGUGUUUUUCUUACAAGAAAAUCAUUAUGUCAUCAAAAUUCAAGUUGUUCAACAAUUGGUCUUGCUAAUAUGGCUGGCAUGUGUGUGGUUAAUCGAAGUUGUAAUAUCAAUCAAGAUGUUGGUCUUAUUUCAGCUUUUACUAUUGCACAUGAAAUAGGACAUAAUCUUGGAAUGAGUCAUGAUGGUGAUAAAGGUCAUUGUAUAUCAAAUUCUGGAUUAUCAAAUAGUGAUACAAUAAUGGUACCAAGUUAUGCUAAAGUACCGAUAAAUAUGUGGUCACAAUGUAGUCGAGAUAAUCUAACGGAUUUUUUUGAUCAAGGUUGGGCAAAAUGUCUUAAUAAUAAACCAACAAUAAUUCAAUCAUUUGAUGAUAUAUUACCUGGUGUUAUAUAUGAUCUUGAUGAACAAUGUCGUCUUGAUAUGGGACCUCAUUCAACUUAUUGUUUUCUUGGUGAUGAACCACCUAUAGAUGUAUGUAAUCAAAAGAUGUGUACAAAAAUGCAUGAAGGUCGAUCUAUAUGUAUACCAUCCAUGGCAAAUCAACCAGUUGAUGGAACUUUAUGUGGUCAAAAUAAAUGGUGUUUACAUGGUCGAUGUACUCCAAUGAAUUAUCGAGCAGAAACUCCACCAAUAAAUGGCGGUUGGAGUCCAUGGACACCUUGGAGUUCAUGUUCACAUACAUGUGGAUUAGGUGUUGAAUAUCAACAAAGAACAUGUACAAAUCCAAAACCAGAUUUCAAUGGUAAACAUUGUUUAGGUGUACGCAAACGAUAUCGUACUUGUACAAUUGCGUCUUGUAAAAAAUCGAAUAUUAAUUAUAAACAUGAAUCUCAUUUAAAUUGUGAAGAAUUAAAUUCAAAAUCAAAUGGUACAAAAUGGAAAACUGUACCAUGGUUUACUUCAGUACCUUGUAUGGUUUUUUGUACUCCAAUUAUAUUAUCAUUAUCAUUAGAUAAUGAUACAAUAAUAAAUUCAAAUAUAACAUUAACUGAUGAUGAAGUUGGAAAAGUUGAAUCAAUUAAAUUUCGUGAUGGUACACAAUGUACAAUUGAUGAUGAUAAUGAUAAUGAAAAUUUUAUAAAAUAUAAUGGUAUAUGUAUUGCUGGACAAUGUCAAAAAUUAGGAUGUGAUAAUCAAUUAUAUUCAACAGCUAUUGAAGAUGAAUGUGGUAUAUGUAAUGGAAAUCGAAGUUAUUGUCAACAAAUAACAAAAACAUUUCAAUAUAAAAAAAAUGAAACAACACCAGAUGGUUCAUAUGUUAAAAUAGGUAGUAUAUCAAAAGGUAUUGCUACAUUUCAAAUUGAAAAACCAACUCAAUCAAUUAGUUUUUUAGCUAUUCAAAUAAAAGAUCGAUUUUAUUUAAAUGGAAAUCGUUCUAUAACUGAACAGAAUAGUUUUCAAAUAGGUCAAACUCGAAUGUGGUAUAAACGUGGAAAAAAACAAGAAAUUCUUGAAGGUCGUGGACAUCCAUUAAAUGAACAAAUUGAUAUUAUGUUACUUAUUUUAAAUAAUGAUUUAAUUAAAGUUAAAUGUAUCUAUUGGGAAAUAAUUAAUAAUACAAUAAUAAAUAAAACAAAACUUUUCAAUAAUUAUUAUAAAUGGACAUUCGAAAAUCAAACAAAUGAUGAUUGUUCAUGUACUAGUCGACAACCUUAUUGUACUUUUAAAUCACAUCAAAAUGAAAUAAUUGUUGUUUCUGAUCAAUUAUGUGAUUCUAAAUCAAAACCUCAUCCAUUGAAAUGUCAAAAUGCUAAUUGUCCAAUACAAGUUCCUUCAGCUCCUCGUUGGCAAGUUGGUCCAUGGCGAUCAUGUGAAGGUCGUUGUUGGCCACAAGAAGCUAUACAACGACGAAGUCUUCUUUGUGUACGAACAAUAUCGAAUAAUAGAACACAUACAAUACCUACAAGUAUAUGUACACAUAGACUUCCAUCCAUACCUAUUACAAUAAGAGAAUGUCCUCAAAAUAUGUCAUUAACAAUACCAAAAUGUAGUAAGAUGAAAACAUAUAGUCAAUGGAGUACAAGUGAAUGGAUUGGAAAUUGUUCUUCAUCAAAUCCAUGUGCCAUGCAAUAUCGAACUGUAACAUGUGUUUCACAUGAUCCAAAUGCAAUCUGUACUGCUGAUGAAAAUUUAAAACCAAUUGAUCGACGACCAUGCAAUGCUUCAUGUGGUCAUUGGCUUGUUUCUCAUUGGUCAGAUAACUGUACUGGAUCAUGUAACAAUUCCACAUUGACACGACGAGUAUGGUGUAGUUCAUCAAUAUGUAAUCAACGUGAACGACCAUCAUCAACACGUCGUUGUAUUCUAUUACACUGUACUAAUGGUUCAAUUUAUAAAACAAAACUAAGCACAACAUCAAUUCGACCAACAAUAAGUUCUAGUGUGAAAAGUGCUAAAGUUCAAUUGACUACUACAGUUCUACCUAUUCGUACUUCAAAAAUUAUUAAUACAAGUCAUAAAAAAUCUUUAACAACAAAACUACUAACAACUACUACUCAUUUGCCAAAGACAAGUUCAACAAUAAAAUCAUCUACAACAUCUACUCGUAUUAAAUCGAUAACUACAACAACAAAAGCUACUACGCGAAUAGUAUUAUCAACAAAAAAAAUGACUACUACUACUAAGAAGAAAAAUAUUAUAAAAAAACCAUAG